CUCUGGUGAUAUAUAUAUAUGAGUUGGUUGUUUCGGAAACGGAGACUCUGACUGGAGGCUUGGGAACAGUUUAUGGCAGCCGCCGUGGGCCAAAAUACCCGCGGUGGCGAAUGGGAAAUCCUGAAGUGGAGUGUAAGGAGCCUGUUCAGUGGCCUCGGCGCCCUCGUAGCAGAAAUUAGCAUCUUUUGGGACAGUGAUGGCUUUUCCUCUCGAAUUUGAAUAUGGAGGCCACAGGGACAGAUGAAGUAGAAAAAAUAAAAUCAAAGUUUAUGUCAGCAUGGCACAAUGUGAAAUACAGCUGGGUAUUAAAAACAAAAACGUACUUUAGCAGAAACUCCCCUGUUUUUUUGCUUGGAAAAUGCUAUCAUUUUAAGACUGAUGAGCCAACAGACCUGUCACCAAAUGGAUCAAACUAUGAUGUAACAGAGGAAGGGGUUUCAAGAAAUGUUGAAGAGUUCCGUAAAGACUUUAUUUCUAGAAUAUGGCUGACAUACAGAGAAGAAUUUCCGCAAAUCAAGGGCUCAGUAUUAACAACAGAUUGUGGCUGGGGAUGCACCCUAAGGACUGGCCAGAUGCUUCUAGCACAAGGGCUUAUUCUUCACUUUCUUGGCAGAGAUUGGACCUGGCCAGAUGCAUUAGUCAAUGAAAACCCGGAAUCUGAAUCAUGGACGAGUCACACAGUAAAAAAGCUUACAGCAUCAGUUGAAGCAUCCCUUAUAGGAGAGAAGGAAUUUAAGAACCAAUCAAACCCUCCUAGGCAAAUUCCCAAAGGAGACUGGGGGAAAAGAGGAAGCAGAGAUGAACACUACCAUCGAAAAAUAGUUUCGUGGUUUGGCGAUUCUCCACUUGCAAAUUUUGGCUUGCAUCGACUUAUAGAAUAUGGAAACCAGUCUGGAAAAAUGGCUGGAGAUUGGUAUGGCCCAGCUAUUGUAGCACAUCUUUUGAGAAAAGCUGUUGAAGAGGCAGGAGACCCUGAGCUGCAAGGAAUAACUGUCUAUGUAGCUCAGGAUUGUACAGUUUACAAGUCAGAUGUUGUUGAAAUGCAGUGUUCUCUCAAGGAUUCAGAAAAAGCAGGUGCCAAAUCUGUGAUUAUAUUAAUUCCCGUGAGGCUUGGUGGUGAAAGAACCAACGUGGAAUACCUAGAGUUUGUGAAGGGAAUUUUGAGUCUUGAAUACUGUAUUGGCAUUAUUGGUGGCAGACCAAAGCAGUCCUACUACUUUGCUGGAUUUCAAGAUGACAGCUUGAUUUACAUGGAUCCUCAUUACUGCCAGUCCUUUGUAGAUGUCAGCGUAAAGAAUUUCCCCCUUGAGUCAUUCCACUGCCCUUCUCCGAAGAAAAUGUCUUUUAAAAAAAUGGAUCCUAGUUGCACAAUAGGCUUAUAUUGUCCAAAUGUGCAAGGCUUUGAAAGAGCUUCUGAAGAAAUAACUAAGAUUCUGAAAGCUUCAUCUAAGGAGAAAUACCCCUUAUUUACUUUUGUAAAUGGACAUUCUAAAGACUAUGACUUUAAGAUGAGCCCGGUCCAGGAAGAGAAAGCCCUGUUCUCUGAGGGUGAAAACAAAAAGUUGAAACGUUUUAGUACUGAGGACUUUGUUUUGUUGUGAAGACUUUUUUAUUUAUUCCUUUAAUAUGUUUUAUGCCCCUACUUUCUACCUUUUGGGAUUUUUAACAUAGUUUAACAACAAGAUUAAAGUUAAUAGAAAAAAACACGAACAAAAAUAGAACAAGAACAAAAAACCAGAAAUCUAUAGAACUGGUAGCAGCCAAGCAACAGAAUAACCACAAUUUGUCUUGUUUUCUCAACUAUAUUUUUAUAGCAUGAGGAGCAAAUAAUCCCACUCUUUGGGAUAUAGUUCCAUAAUGCAGGUGCUACUACCCAGAACACUUUGCUUUGCAUAAGCACUCCAAAUACUUCGAAGGUCAAAUCUUCCAAAGUGAUGUCCACCAUAACAUCUAUCAGUAGGUAGCAUAAAAUCUGAGAUUUGCCAGCCUGGACUUCCCUAGUGGAAAGGAACAAAGAUUGAGUGGUCAAAAAGAAAUUCACCUUCUACCCUAUUCCAACAUAUGUAUCAAGCGGCACAAUAUAUAACAUCAAUGUUUAUAGAUUCACUUAUUCAGCCAAGAGGUUUCUGAAACAGUUAAUAGUGUAGAUUAGAAGCAUCAUAAUAGGAAUUAAAACAAAGUUUACGUUAAAAAACUAAGUGAUAUAAUUAUUAAAAGUAGAAUUACAGUCAGCAAGGCUUGAGAAGACCAAGUUUUUCACCUGGUGCUGAAAAAAAAUCUGUAGCAAACAGUCCCAAAGAUGGACUACACAGUAAGUAGUAGAGAACUUUUAGAAGAUUUGAUAAGAUAAUCAAGUCCAGUGAAUGCUCUUGCAGAUCUUCACUAGAUUGACGAUGGAGACCAAUUGAUGAUGGUGAUUAGGUUUACCUUUGCAUAUUCACUUUCUGAAAGGGUCUGAGAGAUCCAACAGCAACUUCAUCUGCUUCAGCAGUGAUAUUGACAGAAACCUAAGAGAACAAAAAUAUAUGGGCAAGUGGCAUGUGUUCUUACAUUUUUAAUUUUUGCAGUAAAAGUUUUAUUUUAAAAACAAUCUUUUGUAAAUGUCUAAAUUAUUUUUAACUGUAGAUUUACAUAAUAAAAUGUUGUCUUUGUGAAAUAAGAGAUCACCAUCCAGGAAUGGAAGAAGGUUGUUGUGCCAGGCUUGAUCUCUCAGGUGUUUUAUGUAAUAUUCUGCAGUCGCUAACCAUUCUGUAUUCAGAUCGAUUCCUGACAAUGGACUGAUUCAUUUAUCUGUUAAUUAACUUUUUGUUUAGGUCCAGUUUUUCUUGCAUAAUGUUGGUGAUACUACAUUCAGAGUAAUUGUAGCACCACUCUUCUUUGUACACUGUAAUAUAAAAACAACCAGCCUUUGGCUGGUUGUUUUUCAGCCCACUUAAGGGAACUAGCCUAUGUGGUGAAUUUGCAAUUUGGAUUAAAUCAUUUUAAGAACAAGUAUUUAGGAUGCCACUUUAUUUUUAAGCUAAACUUAAUGUGGAUCAAGAGCCAGACAAUAAAAAUAUUAGUGUUACUCUACCUGAACCCCAAUAAUGUUUGAUAAUAUGGUUAUGAAGUGCCAUUCUUGCAGCACGUCUUGCUUGGAUGUAUCUCAGCUUUUUAAUGGUAAUACUGAUGCAAUUAUGUAAGCAGAGCAGUGAGUUAAGGUGCUGCUUAGUAAUAUGAUCUUAUAAUGACUACUCAUUAAGAUUGUAGUUCAACUUUAAUAGGAAGAGGUAAUACAGUAUUGGUUUUCCAUGCUGAUUUAAAGGAUAUGUUACUAAUAUUAGAUCACAACCAAUCAUAGGAGAAGAAAAAACAAUUAUUAGGUGGGAGCUGUGUUUUGUUUCCUUUCUGCAAAUAUAAUUUCAGUGCCUAUAAUAUUAACACUCUGGCAUUUCAAUCAAAGCCUAUAACUGAAAUAAGGAGACCGCAGCAACUAAGCAUAGGAAUGAUCUGGUGUUGUGGUAUUUCUACCUACUGUGCAUGUAGAGAUGCAAAUUUCUUAACAUACUGAUGUCAACAUCAGGCAUAAUUUUAGUUUAGCAUAUUGUCAAAUGUCCAUUGAUAGUGAGUCCCCACUUUUUUACGUUUUUGAAGUCUAUUUUUUGUAACAGGGAAUGUUUCAUUGUAUUACACAGAAGACAAGAUAUGUAAAUAAUCUGGUUGUUGUGUUGAUUCAGCCGUAACAUUCUAUUGCAGUUAUGUAACUGAAUAAAUAACUACCCUCUAAAAUGAAUAGAAA